CUUUCUCUCUCUUCCUUGCUUUUCGGUUCAAUUGGAUACGGAGAUAGAAGGCGAGGAAAACUUAAAAAUCAACUCUUCUCUUUUUCCCCCUUUUUCUCUUCUCUCGUUUUUCCACUUGCUUCGGUUGCUCGGGGAUUUCGGGGAAGUUUGGUGAUUUCAUUUCGGGUUCUGGGCAGGUUGAUUCUCCCAUGUAUAAGGAUCGAGUCAUGUUGCGAUUUCCUGGUGUUUCGGAAAUUUGAAUCGGCUACUGAUUACUGGUGAGAUCUGGGAUCGUAGGUUCCAUGCAAUCUUGUGAAGCCCCGCCGGAUCUUUUUGCAUCUGGGUCAGCUGUAAACCCUAGAUUUUGACCAGCAUUAGAUCUCCGGCGAUCUGGAUUUUGUGAAAGUUCCGCUCUUUUGGUUUGUUGCUUUCGGGUUUUUCUUUUUACAGAUUUGAAAUCACCAGAGAUGAAUAUCGGCGGCGUAGUCUGGAACGAGGAUGAUAAGGAUAUUGUUGGUUCGUUACUGGGGAAACGUGCUUUGGAUUAUUUGCUUUCGAAUUCCGUAUCGAAUGAGAAUUACUCGAUGUUGAUGACGAUGGAAAGCGAUGAGAUUCUGCAGAACAAGCUCUCUGAUCUCGUCGAGAGACCCAACGCUUCUAACUUCUCGUGGAACUACGCCAUCUUCUGGCAGAUUUCGAGGUCAAAGACUGGAGAUUCAGUUCUCUGUUGGGGCGACGGCUCGUGUAGAGAGCCAAAGGAAGGAGAAGAGUCUGAGAUAAUCAGAAUUCUCAGCAUAGGGCGCGAAGAGGAGACGCAGCAGAAAAUCCGUAAGAGGGUAUUGCAGAAGCUGCACACCUUUUUUGGCGGAUCAGAGAAGGAAAAUUACGCAUAUGGGUUAGACAGGGUUACAGAUACGGAGAUGUUCUUUCUGGCAUCGAUGUACUUCUCCUUCCCUCGUGGAGAAGGUGGUCCAGGGAAGUGUUUUGCCUCACAGAAGUCCGUCUGGUUAUCUGAUGUGUUGAAAUCAGGUUCUGAUUACUGCGUGAGGUCCUUUCUCGCCAAAUCUGCAGGAAUUCAGACAGUUGUGUUGGUUCCAACUGAUGCUGGUGUUGUUGAGCUUGGUUUGAUGAGAUCUUUACCAGAAAACCAGGAAUCAAUGCAGUCCAUAAGGUCGUUGUUUUCGAGUAACUUGACAUCCGAGAGGGUGGUGAAGCCAGUGGUGACUGGUUCUCCUGUCGUGCCCGAGAAGAAACACGAGAACAGAUUGGCGGGGUUUGGGAUUUCGAGUCUCGGUGUUCAGGAGAAAGUAGUAGGGGCUCCGAAACGUUUUGGGAAGGAUUUGCAUAACUUGAAUCUCCUUCAUCACCAUAAUCACGACCAACAUAGGCAUUUCAGGGAGAAACUUAUGAUCAGAAAGACAGAUGACAGAGUUCCUAGGACAUUGGAAGCUUAUCCAAAUGAAGGCAGGCUUAUGUUUUCAAACCCGCCCACCAACAGUGUCCGAAGUCCAACAUGGGCACGAACUGAGAUUUUCGGUUCUCGAGCCAUAUCAACUACCACAACCACAGCAACAACGACGACCAAUACCAAAGACCUUGCAAGUGGAGAUGAUUUCCGGUUUGUGCCAUUGCAGCCACAGAGACCAGCCCAAAUGCAGAUUGAUUUCUCUGGUGCAAGUUCAAGGGCAUGUGAUAACGCAGAUGCAGAUGGAGAAGGAUCAGAGUGGCUGGACACAGGCGAUGAAGGGGGCAGGCCAAGAAAACGGGGAAGGAAGCCAGCAAACGGCAGAGUAGAGGCGCUUAACCAUGUAGAAGCUGAGAGACAACGGCGUGAAAAGCUGAACCAGCGGUUCUAUGCGUUAAGAGCUGUUGUGCCCAAUAUAACCAAAAUGGACAAAGCCUCUUUGUUGGGUGAUGCAGUGUCUUAUAUCAAUGAGCUCCAUGCCAAGCUCAUGGCCAUGGAAGCCGAGCGUGAGAGAUUAGGGUACAGUUCGAAUCCCCCAAUCAGCCGAGAACCCGAGAUAAAUGUUCAAGCCUCAGGGGAGGAUGUAACAGUGAGAGUGAACUGCCCUCUGGAUUCUCAUCCCGCGUCUGGAGUCCUGAACGCGUUAGAAGAAAGCCAAGCAAAGGUUAUCGACUCAAAGCUCGAAGUAGCUCAGGAUAUGUUGUUGCAUACCUUUGUGAUCAAGUCGGGAGAGUUGACGAAAGAGAAGUUGAUCGCGGCCUUCUCCCGAGAGCCGCCCACUUCUUUACAGAUGAGAUCAUCAUCAUCAGGUAGAUAGCCGGAGUAUUAGUAACUAUGGAAGGAAGAACUGAUCUCGAAUGGUUUUGUUCAGGGGCUUUUUGGGUUAUAGAUACCUGUAAGGAUCCAUCCACUCAACAGAAAUAGACGUAAUUGACAAAGUAGACAUCUUCAUAGUUCAUACAUUGAGUUGCUAUUUACAUUA